AAGCCACCGACCCGCCGCUUCUCCACAGCGCGUCCUCGGAGCGGAGCGGACAGAGCUGGGGACGCUGAGGAAUGCGGAGCCGGGAUUUUGUCUUUUCCAGCUCACCUGCGGAACUCUUCGCAGCGCAAACCAAACCGACCGACGCAGCCGGUGAGCACGCGUGGCGCCAUGCUGAGACAGAUCCUCCUCAACUCCACCGACACCCCAGACUUCGACCUGGUGCUCAUGGCCCAGUCCUCGACACACGCCCCCUCCUCCCUGAACGCCUCCCACGGCGGUUCGGUGAGCGUGGCCGCUCUACUGAGACCCACCACGGGGCGAGGGGGAGGAGGGCUCCGGGAGGGCGAGCUCCACAAACCGGACCUGAUCACCUACAUAGUCAUGUGCCUACUGCUCUUCUUAUUGGUGCUACUCAUUGUGUUCUUCAUCAACUGCCAGCUCCGGAACUCUUUCUUCGCCUCCAUGCCAUAUGACAGGUCGCUGAGAGAGGCCCGGACCUCCUACAAGUAGGCUAGACCCCCAGGACAAAUCUCUGGGACUCUGGGUCUUUAGUGACUCUUGUGGGGAUUUAAAGGGACGGUUCACGCCAAAAUAAAAAAUACAUAUUUUUCCUCUUACCUGUAGUGCUAUUUAUCAGUCUAUUCUGUUUUGGUGUGACUUGCCAGUGUUGGAGAUAUCAGCUCUAGAGAUGUCUUCCUCCUCUUGGAUAUAAUAGAACUAGAUGGCACUCGGCUUG